UUUUCAUCUGGAGUUUACAACUUACAAGGUCAUCUUGGUGGUUUUGGUUAAUAUUGUAUUUGUAAAUAAAAUCUCUAGUCCACGUACUUUUGCAAACUACCAGAAAUUCAUGGGAACACAAUGUGUUACAUGUCUACUAAUUGUUAGUGUCUUAAGACACUAACACAAAGGUGAAGCCAUAUGAAGCCGAACCCAUUGAAAGUAGAUUCAGAUAUUUGAAGCUGUAUGUUCUUCAUACCGUUUGGCUACUCUUUACAUGCUUUCACGUCCUCGAAGUCCCUACAUUAUUUCGUAACUGUAUUAUUCGGUAAGAAUUUUGGUGAGAUUUCUUACCACUCAACAAACUGAAUAAUACAGUAGCCGUUAAUGGCUACGAACUAUAUUAGGCCUAAAAAACCUUAAAGUGAAUAGGGAAUAUAUCCUAAAACUUUUUCAUAAACAGUUCAUUUGAGUUGUGUCGUAGUGUUGAAAUCUUAUACAACAGAGUUUAUUUAGUUACUAAUGAAGAGCUAUUAUUCUACCUGCAAAUGACAAGUGUGAUUUGCCACAAUUGACCACUCCGAAUAUUUUUCACGUAGUAGUUGGGAUAUUUGACCAUUUCUGAUUUGUUUGGAAUCAAUAUUUUACUUCAUUUUUGUUUUGUUCAAUCCCAGUGGGUUUGGUGUUAAUUCGCUAGAAAUACAAUGUACAUCAAAGCGUCGAAUAAAAUCAGUCCAAUAAAAUAAGUCGGUUCAUAAUAUUUUGAGUUCGGCUGUCAGCCAGUCUAGACUACCAAGUUUUAAUCUACACAAUGAUCGUAGUGUACAGAUAUGGAGGUUGAAUAACAUCGCCUUAAGUUUCGUUUUCAUGACUUUUAGGGUGUAGCAAAUUGAGUCAUGAAAAUUUGUGCCGGUGUUCUAAGUUUACACUGUGACCAUUAUUGUCCUUACCCAUUUGUGUUUGAUUUCAAUUGUUUUUAGAUGACUUCAUUGUAUGCUAAAAAAAUGACAAUGCUUGCUGGACGAAUAUUCAGAGAUGUUGGCAAACAAGUUGAUAGUAAAUCAAUGAAAGUUGUUCGAAUAAUGAGUGAAUUACCUCGCCCAAUGAUCUUAAAAGAUUAUUAUCCUCCAUUAGAAGAAUAUAGUAAUAUUUUACAGAAACUACGCUAUCUGGGCUUGUUUAGAAAUGAACAUGCAGAUUUUCGUGAAGAAAUGGCACGUCUGCGUCAAUUACGUGGCAAAGGGAAACGGAAGAAGGGUGAAAGUAAACGAGGACUAUCACAAUAG